AUGACUAAGGCCCCGGGGCUCCUGGGGCCUGCGGGAGGCCCCCCGGGGUCGGCCCCCUGGCCGCAGCCCGGCACCCCGACGGCCAUGCCCACCGAGCCCGGCGGGCUCUGGGCGGACCACGUGGGCAACAGCUCUCAGGGCGCCUCCCAGCUCUUCCUCAGCACCGCGCUGGCCCGCGGCCUCUCGGGCGUUUCCGUGUGGACCGCCCUGGCGCUCACCUGCCACCAGAUCUACCUGCACCUGCGCUCCUACACGGUCCCCGCCGAGCAGAGGCACAUCAUCCGCCUGCUCCUCAUCGUGCCCGUCUACGGCCUCAGCUCCUGGCUCAGCCUCCUCCUCCUGAGCGGCCGCCCGCACUACGUCUACCUGGACUCGGUGCGGGACUGCUACGAAGCCUUCGCCAUCUACAGCUUCCUGAGCCUCUGCUUCCAGCACCUGGGCGGCGAGAGCGCCAUCCUGGCCGAGAUCCGCGGGAAGCCCGUCCGGUCCAGCUGUCUCCACGGCACCUGCUGCCUGCGGGGCGUGGCCUACUCCAUCGGGUUCCUGCGCUUCUGCAAGCAGGCCACACUGCAGUUCUGCGUUGUGAAGCCCGUCAUGGCCUUGGUCACCAUCGUCCUGCAGGCGGUCGGCAAAUACCACGACGGGGACUUCAACCUCCGCAGCGGCUACCUCUACGUCACCCUGCUCUACAACGCCUCGGUCACCCUGGCCCUCUACGCUCUGUCCCUGUUCUACUUCGCCACCCGCGAGCUCCUGCAGCCCUUCGAGCCGGUCCUCAAGUUCCUCACCAUCAAGGCCGUUGUCUUUCUCUCCUUCUGGCAGGGGGUACUGCUGGCCAUCCUGGAGCGGUGCGGGGCCAUCCCUGCGGUCCAGGCGGUAGACGGGAGCAGCGUGGGGGCCGGCACGCUGGCUGCUGGCUACCAGCACUUCCUCAUCUGCAUCGAGAUGCUCUUCGCCUCCGUGGCCCUGCGCUGCGCCUUCACCUGCAAGGUGUACUCGGAGAAGAAAGACAGCUCGCCAGCACCUGUGGCAGCCAUGCAAAGCAUCUCCAGCGGCCUCCGGGAGACCGUGAGCCCACAGGACAUCCUGCAUGACGCCGUCCACAACUUCUCGCCCGCCUACCAGCACUACACGCAGCAGGCCACGCAGGAGGCCCCGGGGCCCGGGCCCCGCCCUGGCGUGGCCGGCGGGGGCCGCAGGAGCCGCAGCGUGGAGAAGAGGGUGCUGAUCCCCGCCGAGGAGCUGUAG